UUAGGGAAAGAAAAAAAGAGAAGCAAAAUGGUAGAAGUUUAGAGAAUGAGUUCCAAAAGACGAAGUGUAUUAAAUGCUGCGUCUGCAAUCCCCACCCACCUUCGCCCAAAAAGUUAUCUGCCCUAAUUCCUUCUUUCUCUUCUUUCUUCUUCUUCUUCUUCUUCUUCCUCACUAAUGGCUUCAACUUCAAUUCCUUCUUCUUCUUCUUCUUCUUCUUCUUCUUCUUCAAUUCCUUCUCAUUCUCCAUGUCCUCUCCUUCUUCCAAUUACUCCUUCUCCAGGAUCGGCCUCGGCUACUCCAUUGCCAUAGCCCUCGCCUUCCUCGUUCUCCUCUCUGCCCUUCUCCUCGCCUUCUACGUCUGCUGCCGCGCCUCCCGCUCCCGCAACCUCCGCCGCCCACCCCCUUCCUCCGCCCCUCCUGAUGCCGGUAUCAUUCUCCCCCAGAUCAUCUUCGUCGCUGAGGACGACGCUGCUCCAGAUCGCGACGAUGACAACGGCGUCGUUGGCCUCGACCAGUCCGUCAUUAACUCUUACCCUAAAUUCCCUUUCUCCAGAGAUAAAUCCAUGGCUGGAGCUAAUUGUGUCUGUUCCAUCUGUCUCUGUGAGUACAAGGACGCCGAGAUGCUCAGGAUGAUGCCUGAGUGUAGACACUACUUCCAUCUCUGUUGCAUCGAUGCUUGGUUGAAGCUUAAUGGCUCUUGUCCGGUUUGCCGGAAUUCGCCGCUUCCGACUCCGCUUUCCACUCCUCUUCAAGAGGUUGUUCCGCUCUCUCAAUACAUGGCGGAUAGGCGAAGGAGAUGAGGACUCAUUCAUUGCAAUAGGUUCUUCUUUUACUUCUCCUCUCUUGAUUUCAUAUUCCCUGUUUGUUUUUUUGCCUGUUUUCACUUUUAGGAAUUGUAAAUUCUUUGGUUAGAUGCUGAGUUUUUUCUUUUUCUUCUGAAUGUUCUGGGAACUGUUCGACCCAUACAUGAAAUUUUCAAUUUACCUUUUGAGCAAUUCGCUGAGUAGUCAUGAAUCAGUAUUCUUGUGUAGAUCUGAUAGUGUUGGAUUCAGUUAUUCGAAAAAAAUUGAGACAAGAAGAACUUUUCCAUUUCUCUUCCUUUUUGUGUGAAAAAGUUGGCUUGACCCAUCUCAAGGGUCCUCUUUAAUUUCCACUGUUCUCUUCUUAAGC